AAAAACAAACACAAAACCUGAGAACCAAACAUCCGCGAAUCGAAAUCCCCAGAAUAACUCGAGAAAAUUGGAAUCCCUGUAUUUCAUCUUCUUCUUCGCCUUCGAACCAGAUUAUAUUCGUGGCCAUAGUUUUAUUCUGAAAGAGAGAUGGAUUGGGAAAGCGUGGCUGCUGAGGAUGUGAUUGAGGCGCUAAGAGAGGUUGAAUGGUCGACGCGUCCUCGUUCCAUGGCCGAGUUCUUCUCCAGAUUCGCCUUCCCUCGCUCUUUCUCUAAAUGGAUGAGCCGUCUCAAAUGCAAUCUCUACUACUAUAGGACGAAUUACUUCAUCCUCUUGAUUUUCGUCCUGGGUCUUGCACUUAUCACUCAACCUCUCGCCAUUCUUGGUGCUGCUCUUACAGCCUUAAGCAUAGCUUUCCUAAACGACAGUUUUGCAGCUACUUUUAACGAGAAGAUGAUCCGGACCAUUAGGCAUUUCUCGCCACAUUUAGCUGCAAAGAUGAGGCCUCCCCACAUGCCUGUCAUUCGUGGACGAUCUGCAGCUAGAAAGACGGUUUACGUUUGUGGCCAACCACGUUUGGUAUUCGUCUUGCUUGGCUUAACCGCCAGCUUUGUCUUGUGGUUUACUUCCUGCGGUUUGUUAUGGGUCCUCUACGCACUUGCCACUGCCCUUCUCCUGAUCAUUCUUCACGCAAGCAUGAGAACUCCAAACCUCAAGGCACGCUUGAACACAUUCCGUGAGGAGUUCCGGGCUGUCUGGCGUAACUACAGCGAGCUUUAAGUCAAAGAAAAAGCUUGAAACUUAAGCAGCAAAACCAAGCGGGGCAUGAAUUCCAAUUCCUUUCCCUCAUGGCCGUGCCUAUUUGUAUAGUAAAGAAACAUUUGGUCUACGGAUCUACAUUUUCUAAUAAAUUUUGAAGGAUCUUGAUUAAUUGCUAACUUUUAAUUUCUUAAUAGAGUAAAAAUUGUGAGUUU